GAGAUGCAGGAGGGAGAGGAGAUAUUUCAUUCUCGUUCGACGAGCUCUCGUGGCAAUGUGUGCGUUUUCCUUGAAGCACGCGGUCAGACCGGUCCAUCCCAAUGCAAUGCCAAGCGGCCGUAUAUGUGCCAGUACACUGCCGAAGUCCGUGUUCCAGAUGCCGGGAUCUACAUGGUUGGCAUGGCUGUGUUUCCUUCCCAUAAUCCUUUCCACAGUGCUUCACCCUCACUCCACUCUGUUUCACAACCUCCCAGCGGUGUCAUUGAGAUGCUGUUGUUCCCUGCACUGAGCUUUGUUCAGGCAGGUCGUCUGUCCUCCCUGGAAUUUGUCACUCAGAACCUCAGCUCACAAGUCAACGUCCGAUUUCAGAUAUACAGACCUCACUGUCAUUAUCACGGCACACACCUGCUGCUCCCCAGUUGCGGAGGCCCAGCAUGUUCCCCGGUAGCUCUUUGUGUCUCAACUGACACAAAGAGCAGUGAUCCAUCCUCUUGCCCCCGACUACAGCAGUGGUGUCCCUUCCAGGGUCGGUGCCUGCCCCUCUCUAAUCCCUGCCCACCAUCUUCCUGUCCUAACUGCACCCUUGUUCAGCACCUGACAGCUGGGACAUUUAGGCCCCGAUACAUCCUACAGGACGAGGUGGUUUUCACUCUGCCAGCAGGAUCAGCUUUACAUGUGCUGUUAAAAGACCAAUUGGAGGACAUUUUGGUUUCACGUGGUGAUGUGAUCGCUCUGCAGCAUGAUGCCGGUCCAUCCUCCCUGCUUCACUGCCAGUCUUCCCCACAGUCACCAUGGCGACAACCUGUUUUAGGUCUUAAACGAUCGGAGUGGUUCUGGAUCAAUAACACCAGACUCCCAGCAGACAGUUCACCUGACCAUGAGCCUGACCUUCUGCCUGACCCGGAGCUCGACAUAGAGACACUGGUGAAGACUGGCGAAGCAGGCUGGCUGGAGGAAGUGGUUUGCCCUGUCAGAGUGCUUUAUAUGGAACAGAGUACGACUCAGCUGCAGGGAUCGCAGCUGUCUGCUGGGCUUCCUCAACCUGGAAACUACAGCCUGCUGGUGACUUCUGUUGAACCGUCGUACUCAGUCUCUGCAUCGUGUCCAUUGCGGGUGGUGGCUCCAUUGGGCCUGACAAUCCUCCAUCCCCCUGUGCAGAAUGGCACCCUCUACAUUCAGUCCGAUGACACCCGGCUUCUACUCCAUGUGCGGUCUCGCGACCCAACAACGGUAUCUUGGCGUGGCAGUAAUCAUAGUGCCACUUUCAAGUCUGAAUGUCCCCUGGAUUUUUUGUUCAAUCCAGCACUCUGUCAGCUGGGGCCAAACCCAGGAUCUGGUGGUGUGGUUGCAGAGCCCAGCCAGUUUGCAGUGCUGGAUCUGAGUCUGAAAAUGGAGGAACACAAGGAUCCAGUGAAGGUGGAGCUGGAAGCCCACAAUAAUGUAAUAGAGGCCAGCCUGAAAGUGAUUGUUCACCUGGAAAAGCCACUGAGAGGAUUGGUGGUGCAGCCACAUCCUGCACGCAGGGUACUGAUGGAGUCAGUUGUGAGCUACACAGCGUCAGUGCUUGAAGGCUCCAACCCCACAUUUAAAUGGACAGUGGAUGACAAGCCCUACUUCACUUAUUAUAACACUGUCCUCAAUGUCAUCUACCAGAAUGCUGCUAUCUACAAACUUACAGUGACAGCCAUGAACCAUGUCAGCACGCUCACAGACCAUUUCAACGUAACCGUAGACCGGCUCCAGCCCAUGGUCAACCUCACAGUCAGGGGAGUGCCAAAUGUGGUCCCCCAGGGCUCCGCUCAGACUCUUACUGCCUCGGUGGUCAUGGAUAUGUCAGUUUCUGCCACUUUCCGAUGGUCUUUUGGUGAUGGAGGAUAUAAGGAAUUUGAAUACAAGCCUCCCUACUCUUCCUCCCUCUUUUGUCAAGACUCACCUAAUCAAGUCCUCCUAAGCAACAAUAUUACCUAUAAUUACUCUCAGCCAGGAAUAUACACCGCACUGGUGUCAGUUUCCAAUCGUUAUGAGAACAUCACUAAGAGCAUCAACAUGAGCGUCUACAGCAUCCUCACUCAUGUCAAUAUACAGACGGAGCCAGCACUUCUCCUCGCUGGCAAAUCAGCUUUUUUUGAGGCUCACCCUUUGCCCACACCGUAUGGAAUUCACUAUGAGUGGCACUUUGGAGAUGGCUCUGUCACUCAAAUAGGUCGCCGCGUGCCGCACACCUUUACAGAGUCGGGCAACUUCACUGUUUGUGUUUCAGUAAACAACACCAUCAGCUCUAAUAGUGCCUGUGCUGAGAUGUUUGUGUAUAAGGAGAUUGAAGAUCUAACAGCUAAAAGCACUUCUCCCACAGAGCUUCACAGUCCUACAAAGGUGUGGGCACACCUUCGUUCGGGUAACAACAUCACAUGGACAUUCGCAAUGGGUGAUGGAAAAAUUUAUACUCAAUCCGAGCCUAACGUGUCACAUACCUAUACGAAAGAUGGUAACUAUACAGUAAAUGUGACUGCUAUGAAUGCUGUAAGCUCUGGAUGGACAAUCCUUCCAGUUCACGUGUUUGUCUUCCAAGUUAUAAGAAUGGAGCCUUCCGGAUGUGUCCGAGAGCAGACCACUGUCAACUUUCAAGCCUGGGUGUCUGGUAACGCAUCAGCUCACCUUUACGAAUGGAGCUUUGGGGACGGAAGUCCCAACGAGACACACCGUGGCAACCCCAGAGUCUCUCACACUUAUUUGGCAAGUGGGAAUUACCACCUUUCCUUGCUCCUUUCCACUGGUUUGAACAAGACCACCAAGGCCAAUUUCUUCACCUGGGUGUGUGUGCAGCCAGCUUUGACCAACAUCAGCCUUACCCCUGAGAAAUCCCAUUAUGCUGUGGGAGAAGAAAUACAAUUCUGGGUUAGAGCUGAACCUCAAUUUAACUACAGUUAUCAGUGGGACUUUGGUAGAGAGGAAGACCCUGUGCUCAUUCAUGGUUCAGGGAGUAUGGUGAAAGCAUUUAAGAACCCAGGUCUCUACAUGGUGACGGUAAAUGUUUUCAAUAACAUCUCCAGCAGUAAUGCUAGUGCUGUCAUUGAGGUUCUGAUGCCCAUUGGACCAAUUGUCAUUCAGCAUAAUGGCACAAAGUAUGAUAAUUUGACACUUGGAGCACCAUACACUUUUAUCAGUUCUUCAUUGGCCUCCAAUGUCACUUACACCUGGAACUUUGGAGAUGGAAAUCAGCUUACAGGACAGAAUGUCCUUCAUACCUACAACAUCUCUGGAAAAUACAAUAUCACGUUGAAAGCAGCCAACACAGUUAGUCAGAAUGAUACUACUUUAACAGUUAUUGUGAUUGCACCAAUCAGUGGGUUGAGAGUCAAUGCAAGCUUGGUAAAAGUCCCUCUCAACGAGUCAGUCACCUUUGAAGCCCAAAUGGCGGAGGGCGAUCGGUUAAAUGCGCGGUAUUCUUGGAUACUGUGUGACCACUGUACCUCAAUCCCAGGGACCUACAAGAUGUAUUACACCUUUCGUUCAGUUGGGACUUUCAACAUCAUUGUGACGGCAGAGAAUGAUGUAGGAACAGCACAAGCAAAUAUCUUCCUGUUUGUCCAACGUGAGUUGGAGGGGCUGCAGAUUUUGGCAGAUGAGACUGGCAGAGAGGGAGGCACCAGAUUGGAUGGUUGUUGCUACCCUACAAACCGAGGUCUCAAACUUCAAGCUGGAUUAAAGGAGGGCACCAACAUGACCUUUACUUGGAACAUCAUCAGAGAGCUAGAUCCUGACAGCUCAUUCAACAAAACUGGGAAAACAGUUCAACUGAAUUUUCCCAAGCCCGGUCCUUGUGUCAUCUUACUCUGGGCAGCCAACCUUCUGGGCCAGCUCUCUAUUAACAGAACCAUUCGCUUUCUAGAACCAGCUGGAGAUGUGCACCUUCAGAUCAGCAAAAACCCAGUGGCAGUCGAUGUUUCAGUAAAUCUCACAGUACUGACUACAGAAGGCUCAGACCUACAGUAUCGUUGGUCUGUAGAUGGGCAUGCUCUGCAGUGGAAUAUGCCUGGGAAGACCCACACCUUCAACACUAUUGGGGAAAAACAAGUAACCGUUGAGGUCUUUAAUGAAGUUAGCUCAAAGACUGUGUCAAAGCGUGUUAGUGUCCAGGAAGUAAUUUCUGGCCUAAUCUUCUCAGUCACCAAUGGGACUCAGGACAGUUACAUAGCAACGCGUGACAGCAUCUUUCUACAGGGGAAGGUAGUGACAGGAACCAAUGUGACAUGGACAUGGCUGUUGGAUGGAAAAACAGAAACGGGAAAGAAAACAUCUGUAAUUUUUCAGGAGCCAAAGAUAGCCACUGUUACUUUGAAUGCCACUAAUGGUGUCAGCUCGCAAGUGUUUUCAAAGGAAUUCUUUGUUCAGGAAAGGAUUGAUAAGUUGGACUUUAAGGCAAGUAAGACGUGUGUAGCAGUGAAUGAAAAGGUGGACUUCAUUAUUUCCAUGGCAGCAGGUUCGGACGUUGAACUGAUUCUCAGCAUCAGCGGCGAUGCAACUGUUUACGCUAAGCCUAAUCAGAACUACAGCCACGUAUUCAGCAGGGUGGGAACAUACAAUGCGAAUCUCACUGCUCACAACCAGGUCAGUUCUAAGAGAAUCAAUCUCCAUGUUGAGGUGAUGGAGCUGGUACAUGGGCUCUCCAUUGAAGGAAUCUCAGAUGCAAUCGCAGUUGGUGAAAAUAAAAUGUUUGUGGCCAAAAUAUUGGCGGGCAGUCCUGUAACUUAUCUGUGGACUUUUGAUCUGCACCAUCACAAGUCAUCACAUAUCGGCAAAGAGGCACACUACACUCCAGAAGAACCAGGUAAUUUGACCAUUCACCUGAAGGUUUUCAACAAUCUGCAAGAUCAGGAAGUCACCAAGUGGAUAUUGGUACAGAAUGUGCUGAAGUCUGCAGAUCUGAAUGCUGUUCCACGGAAUACUCUCAUUAAUAAGACGGUGAAAUUUAGAGCCAACAUUCUCCCCGUAUCUAAUCCUGUGGUGUGCUUGUGGCACUUUGGCGAUGGCUCUGCUCCCGUUCGCACAAACACCACAACUGUGGGAUAUGAGUACAGACACAAAGGACACUAUCUGGUGCAAGUAAACUGCAGUAACAUGGUGAGCUGGGUGUUGGCGCAGGUGGAAGUAAACAUCAGUGUGUUAGAGUGUGAGGAACCAGAAGUCCACGUGGUUCAAGCUCCACGCUUGUCCAUCUGGCGCUCCCAACCCGCUUUGGUAGAGGCCAAUGUGGAUCUGAAAGGCUGCAUACGCUACGGAGCUCAGUACCUCUGGCAGAUAUUCUCAGGAUCCUCUUGCGAUAGUGAAAUCAUGAAGGACCAAUCAGUGACCCCCGGAGCUUCGAUUCGUCUGCCGGUGGAGGUGGACAUGCGGCGGCUGCAGCUGUCGUUGCCUAAGAUGGCUUUGGCAGCAGGGAACUACACAUUAGUGUUUUCUCUGUCGUAUGAAGGUGUGCCUCUGAGGAAGGCUGCCUGUCUGCAUUUAAGCAUCGUCUCCACUAGGCUGGUGCCAAUUAUAGAAGGAGGCACCUACAGGGUGUGGUCAAGAACACAAGACCUGCAGCUCAGUGCAGAAAAGUCGUAUGACCCCAACAUGGACCAAAGCAGACAAUCACUACUCCACUACCACUGGGAAUGUCAAAACACCUCAAAGGGUCCAGAGCACUGCUCCACCCUGAACUUCGGCCUGGGCUCCAGCGGCCCUGUGCUGGGGAUCUCUGGCUCAGAACUGGAGGCUGAGGUUGAAUACACUUUCAAACUGACCAUAAGCAAAGACGGCCUGGCACCAGAGUCCACCACACAGACUGUGCUCGUCCAAAGCGGCCACAUUCCCAUUGUGUAUCUUGAGUGUGUGUCCUGUAAGGCCCAGUCGAUUUACGAGGUCAGCCAGAACUCGUAUGUCUACCUCCGAGGAACCUGCACCAACUGCAAGGGCGUUCUUCAUGUGCGCUGGAGUGCCAUGACGCUAAAGAAUGAGACUCUGGUCCUAGACUCCUCCUCCACCACGACAGGAAGCGACGGUAUGAAUCUGGUGCUACGGCAGGGGGUCCUGCGGCAUAAUGAUUCCUAUGUCUUCACCCUGCAUGUGACUGACAGCAGCUUAAAUGGCGAGGGCGCUGCUUCUAUCACACUGCAUCACAACAAGGCCCCGGCUGGUGGGGAAUGUCACCUGAGAGCUGGAGGGGAGGCAGGAGUGGCCUACGCGGAUCUUGAUGGUGAAGGCAGGAGGAUACGCACACUGCUGGACCGCGUACACUUCAACUGCUCUGGUUACAGUGAUCUGGGUGACUCUGAAACGACAUUGCUGUACAGUCUGCUAGUGACACGCUGCAAAGAAGAAUACUGUGAGGACUUUUGCGUGUACAAAGGAAGCAGUCCAGAGCACUCGGCCUUCCUGCCUCCAGGUUUCAGCAUAGCCCAACAUCAUGUAUACGUGUACAUCACAGUUGAGGACCACCAGGGAGCUGCCAUCAUGCCACUUAACAAGACCAUUGAGGUUGUACUGCCAGAUCUACCUUCUGGAUACAGCAGUCUUCCCCACUGGCUUUCUGAUCUGACAGACAGCAAACUCAAAAAGCUGCUGGAGCAGGGAGAUUCCCAGAGGGUCAGAGAGUUAUCAUUGGUUCUUAUUACAGUCCUAAAUGAGUAUGAGCAGACCAGUCAGUCGUCACGCGUAUCCCAAGAUGAGCGCAAUUAUAGAGUCAGAGUCCGCAGCAACAUCACAAGAGCUCUGACUGCUCUGGAUCUGACAACUGUGAGCGAUAUCCAGCAGACCUCCGCUGCUCUUGCACAGUGCACGGCGGUAAGUCGAGAGUUCAUCUGUGAGGAGUGUCAGAACAGCACUCUGAACAAGCUGGAGUCCAUGCUGGACAUUCUGCAGACAGACACCAAGCAGGGCGUCGUCACUCCGACUGAAAUAGCUGACAACAUCCUGAACAUCAUGGGUGAUCUGAUCCAUCAAGUCAGUCAGUCAGCUUCCUACUCGUACCUCCAUGCUUAUUUGGAUUCCUCCUCACCCCCGUCCAUCUCAACGCCUUCUUCCUCUGGUGAAGAGUAUGGAAACGCCGUGUUAGACACACUGGAGCCACACCCUCUGCGUGUGGCAGCAAAGGCUUACAGUCUGUCCUCGGUGCUCAUGUUGAUCCUCAUGCACGGCCGCGUACUCAACGAGGAGCCGCUCGUUCUGAGGGGAGCUGAGAUAGCUGCUACGGGAAAACUGGCAGACCCCCAGAGUCUCCUCUGCUACCAUGGCAACAACAGUCCAGAGUGCCAGCUGUUCUCCAUCCCCCGAGCUUUCAAUAAAAGUCUGGGCAGAGCCGCUGCUGGAAAAAGCAUCAUGCAGCUACUUUUUCAGGUGGAGUCCAACCCGUUCCCCUUCAACUAUGUUGCCAACUACACCAUCUCUACCGAGGUGGCAUCCAUGGAGUUUCGCACUGAAAAUGGAACCCAGAUCCCAAUCUCUGGUCUUGAUGAUAGUCUGGCCAUCACAGUUGCCAUUAACAAUAGUAGCAUUGGAGAACUGGGUUCUGAAGGUUCUGGUACUGGAGGAGUACCCACAGCGGGGGCCGUUAACAUCAGCCACUGUGACUCUGUCAUCGUUAGGGUCAGCGCAGGAAACGGCAACAGACAGGCAGGGCUGUUUGUGCAGCUCAACUUCACCAUCCAAGAUGUAAAAGAAAAGUAUGAAAGAGAAAAGAAUGACAAAGAGGAGCCAUUCAUCACCGCCUACCUCCAUUCCCACGAACAACCCAAUGAGUUCAACUGCACAGACACAAAACGUAUCACUCUCAAUAUGACCAGCGGGCAAGAUCUUGACCACAGGGACUACACCUUCUUCCUGUCACCAGAGACCUACGACACCACUCUGGACUACUUUAUCAACGUGAGUACGCCCUGCAGCUCUGAGUCUCUGCCCGUGGAUGUUCGUCUGGAGGUCGGGGUGUUUGCUUCUCUGUGUCAGUACUUCAGUGAGAGUGAAAAGCAGUGGCGGACAGAUGGCAUGGUGCCAUUAGCAGAGACCAACGCCAGCAGGGCGGUUUGCCGUACCAAGCACCUCACAUCCUUCGCCGCAGGCCUGUUUGUGCCAACCAAUGCCAUCAGUUUUAAAGUGCCAGAGCGUUCAGGGGCACCAAGCCUGGUCGUGCUGUUGGUGUGUCUAUUGGGCUUAAUAUGCUAUGUUGUAGCAGCGGCUAUCUUACACAAGUUGGACCAGCUGGAUCUACGGCGUGCUGGUGUGGUUCCACUCUGUGGCCGAGAUGGACUCUUUAAGUAUGAGGUCCAGGUGAAAACCGGCUGGAACCAAGGGGCAGGCACCACGGCUCACGUGGGAAUCAGUUUAUAUGGGCGUGAAAGCCGUAGCGGACAUCGCCAUCUCGACAGCAGAGGGGCUUUUGCCCGCAAUGCACUCGACAUCUUUCAUAUUGCGACAGACACCAGCUUGGGCAAUGUCUGGAAAAUACGUAUUUGGCAUGACAAUAAAGGUCUGUCUCCAGCAUGGAAGCUACAGUAUGUCUUGGUAAAAGACUUGCAGACAGGAAGCAGCCACUAUUUUCUGGUGGAAGACUGGCUGUCUGUGGACAACGAGAGAACUCAUGGACAGGUGGAGAUGGAGGUGGAGGCUUCAGGUAAGGAACUGCGAUUAGGUGGCACCAACUCAGAGGAGACCAACGUGGACUUGCCCACUCCAUCAACUAAAAGUGAGGAGAGCUGGGACAUGGUAGAGGAGGAGACAGAGGACAGGGACUGGCCAGAGCUGCUGAGUGACACUUCGGUGGUUGGAGGCGCUGGGCACGGGGCAGGAAUGCCCAGGCUGAAGAGGGGUCAGGGUAGCAGGCACCUCGGUGUGGACAUGGCCUUUAACCCUGAUGAUGAAGAAGGCGCCGAGCAACGCAACAAAUAUUUCACCUCUUCAGAUGAAGAUCUGAUCAAGCACAUACUGGCAGACGGACAGAACUUCUUUCCUCAGGCAGAUGAAAGCGAGAUGGCUGACCUGUCGAGCAUUUUUGAAGAUAAGACUGAAGUGAUUCUCCUGACAAAGCUGAAUGACCCUCUUCUUCUGGAAUCUGUGAGGCGGGACCCGCCAAAGACAGCCUUCACCUCAAACACAGUUGUAACAGAUGUGUGUCGUCCAAGACGGUUUCCACCUUGGUGUGGACGUGCUGCCAUGUGGGGCAGCUGGGCAGGAAUCGCUCUGGCCAAUGGUGUUUCAGUUUGGGCCGGCUAUGGGUUCAGUCAGAAUGUUGCCAUGAUGUGGUUAAUCUCCUGCUUUGCUAGUUUCUUCUGCUCAUUUCUACUGUUGGAGCCAAUUAAGGUGCUGUGUGAAGCAGUUUACUACGCACUGUGUGUGCGCCGGCUGCGUCCUGAGGACCAGGAUGUGCUGGUGGAGUUCCCCAGGGUGGAGAGAGUGGUCCAGCGGGUACCGAGGGUGAGACCUCCACAGGGCUUUGCUCUGUCUCAGGCCCGACACCAGGCCCGCAAGGUCCACAUGCUGCACACGAUGCUGAAGAAUUUUCUGGUCUAUAUGUUUUUCCUGUUGGUCGUUGUGCUUCUCAACUAUUCCGACUCAGCCAAAGACACUCACAGCCUCAGGCUGCGCACUCAGCUGCAGCGAGCCCUACACACACCCGAGUACCACAACAUCAGCAGCUGGGGAAAGAACUUGGUGAUAUCUCCAAGUAAAGAAGAGGAUAAUAGUACAGUUUUUGGUGCCAUGGAUUCAGAUUGGGUGUGGCGUUUGGAUCGGAUGGUGGCGUAUAACAGCAGAGAUGUGGUUCACCAGCUGAACAGAAGCCUGGAAGAAGCCUCCUCCUCCUUAAAGCAGCUGCAACAGCUGCACUGGCUCGACUCUAGGACUCGCGCCGUGUUUGUGGAGUUCUCUCUCUACAACGUAAACACAAACCUGCUGGCCGUCUUUUCCUUCCUGUUUGAGUUCCCAGUCUCUGAGCGUGCCCAGUCCAGCUUUGACCUCAUUGUCAUCACAUUGUGGCCAAUCACAGGGCUGGACCUGCAGCUUCUUCUAAUGAUCAUCCUCCUCGCCUUGGUGUUGUAUUUCCUCGUUCGGGGCAUAUUGGGCUUCCUCAGAGAAGGCUAUAGGUACCUGCUGUCAGCCUGGAGACUCCUGGGUAUCUGUAAACUGUCUCUAGCAGCGUCUGUAUUCGGAAUACACCUGAGCCGCUGCAUAAUAGCUAAACAGCAAUGGACAUCAUACCUGAAGCACCGUCAGGAUACCUUCACAGAUUUCUACCCCCUGGCCAGACAGACUGAGAUGUACACCGUCAUGUCUGCCUUGCUGUUGUUCAUACUGGUACUCAAGGCGUCCCACCAGUUGCGGUUUCUCCGUGAGUGGGCCGUAUUUGGCAGAGCUCUGCGGCGCUCAGUCUGGGAGCUGCUGGGAGUUGCUCUGGCGUUACUGCUGUUGGUGCUGGCUUACUCACACACGGGACACCUGCUCUUCCACUCUGUGUUGGACGGCUACAGUAAUGUGAUCUCAGCCAGUCUGUCCUUACUGGGUUCCGGUUGGUGUGGCUUGUUGUCAUGGCGUCCUGCCUGGAUAAUUACUGGUCCCAGCACUUUCUCUGCACUGCUGUUCCACAUAAGCUUUGCUAUAUUUCGCCUGGUGUUGCUGUGGUUGGUCACUUCUGUUUUACUGAGGAACUACCGGCGUGCACGGGCAGAACUGUACCGCCCAGCAGUGGAUCUCCAAGACUACGAGAUGGUCGAACUGUUCCUCAGAAGACUCAAAAUGUGGAUGGGACUCAGUCGGGCUAAAGAGUUUCGCCACAAAGUGCGUUUCGAAGGUAUGGAGCUCCCACCGUCCCGUUCAUCCUCCACCAGCGACUGCAAGUCCCUGUGCUUGCCUCCUCUGGACAGUCCAGACUCCCCACCUACCCCAGACAGUGUUGAUGCGGGCUCUGAGGCCUCGUGGCGUCCAGCGUCUUCCAGCCCCUGCAGCCUCACAGAAGCCCCGGGUAUCGGCCUGGGACUUGGCUUGGGCCUUGGCUUGGGCCUUGGCCCAGGAGUGGUGGUGGGAGGUAACAGCUGGAGAGAGAGAGAGACGGAAGCUUCUCUGAGGAGACUCCUCCCCACCCUGGAUGCUCUGCUGCAACAGCUUGACCGUGUCACUGUGACGACAGAGGAUCUGUACCACAUUGAGUGUAAACUGGAGCGAGCCCAGAGGAAAAGGAGGCGUAGAGGGAGGGAGAGAGACGAUGGAGUUCAGGGAUGUAGGAGCGAAGGGGGACAGAGAGGGGAAGGGGAAGCCUGGAAAGAACAAAAGCGUGGCAAGGAAAAGAACAAAGGGAGCAGGAAGGGGAAAAAGGUAGAUAAAAGUGAACUUCCAAAAGAAUGUGGGAGCAGUGCUGCCAUCCCCAAAAAGACUCCUGUAGCUACACCCGUUCCCUUUUUGAAGCCCCGACCCUCCUCUGCUUCUACAAACCCCCCUGUUCCCCAGUUGUCUGCCAAACCUUCAAUCAGUGUGCCUCCACCCACACCAGUCACAGAUAAGUCCUCCGAUUCUUCCUCUCUCCCCCUGUCAUCAGCAAACACAUCAUCUUCCCAUGUCCCGCCACCAAAAACACCUACAGCUCUUCCAUCCACCCGUGCACCCACCCCUUCCCUGUCAUCUACGCCCAUUACACGCAACUGGGAUCUUCCUGCAGAGAGAGAGACCCUCCCUUCCUCAAGCCUGUUCAACCACCCAGCUCACACAACCACGAUCCCUACACGCAAACGGAAACGCAAACCCCCAUCCCUCAAAAACAAAGUGCACCCAACUUAGAUAAAUAUGAGCAGAUCGGAUGAAAGAAGUGAAAGGUGGAGAAAAAGGAUGUGCACUUAAAAUGAUGGGUUAAGGACGAGAGGAGGCGCUCAUGGGCAGCAGGUUUUGUCUUCAGAUGCCACUCUCUAAACCCAAGGAAGGGACAGAAACUAAUAGACGUGAAAGGAUACAGGUACAAGGAUGAGCUACAGGAAAGAAUCAAGAAGGAUCAAACAAGGAGUUUGGGGUACUGAAAGACGAAAAGAGCAAUAAAAUAAGACUUUGCAGGUUUAUAAGCAGUGAUCCGUCUCAUUCCCGACUCAGUUCUCAAGGUGCAGGUCACCAGAUGCUAGCUGAGCUGGUUAAGGGGACAUAAAGUCAGCAGUGAAACCAAGAAGUUCCUUUCAUUGUUUUCCCCGGACCAAAACUGCCCCCUGAUCCCAUGUGACCCUGGAGGUUACCUGGGGUCGUUGACAGGAGCGCAGAAAAGCGCUCACCAUAAGACUCAAUGAACUGAAAGCAUUCUAUGCAAUCAGACUUUUGUGUAUCUCAGAAAGAACGUGUGAUUUCUCAAUUAUGUUACCUGUCUACAUACUGUUACGUUUUCUAUUUUUGGUCACCAUGGGUACCUGUGGCCUGUCCCAAAUUUGCAUGCAGGCGCACACAGAUAUACGCACAUGCAGGUGUACACAUGUGUAGAAAUAACACUGUAGACAACAUAUCAGCAAAUAGGAACGUGUGGUACACUUCAGCCCACUGGGUUACAGGUGAAAACACACACACACACACACACACACACACACACA